GCACUGGCCGGACAUUUUCGCCUCUUUGUUUUACUGACAGUGGAUUUAACUCGGAUUCAAACCAGUAUCCAGCGGACCUCUCCGGCCAUAAACAGAUUUGUUCUUGCAAUGCCACAACAAAUUACAGGGAUGCAAACUCAUGAGGGGCGAAAAAGCUGUGUGAAGCAGAGCACAGGAUGCAGAGUUAACACCACCCUGUGUCUCCCAGAAGAAGCCCGGCUGCCAGACCUUCAGCAGUAGACACAUGGCGGCAUUAGGGAACCCCGAGAUGUUAACCAGAAAGAUUAAGCUGUGGGACAUCAAUGCCCACAUUACUUGUCGUCUGUGUGAGGGGUACCUGAUCGACGCCACAACAGUCACCGAGUGCUUACACACCUUCUGCAGAAGCUGUUUGGUGAAAUACCUGGAGGAGAACAACACGUGUCCCACAUGUCGGAUUGUCAUUCACCAGAGUCAUCCACUGCAGUACAUUGGCCAUGAUCGAACAAUGCAAGAUAUUGUCUAUAAGUUGGUGCCAGGACUUCAGGAAGCGGAGAUGAAGAAACAGAGAGAGUUUUAUCAGAAGUUAGGCAUGGAGGUGCCUGGAGACAUCAAAGGAGAACUGUGCAACGUAAAAACCCACCUGGACACUCCGCGCAAUGGUGACCUGAAAUCGGAAAACCCGUCCAAUAAGGACGCAGGAGAGGAGAAAGCAGAGGAAGACAAUGAUUACCACCGCAGCGAUGAGCAGGUGAGUAUCUGUCUGGAGUGUAACAGCAGUAAACUCAGAGGUCUCAAGCGGAAGUGGAUUCGUUGUUCGGCUCAGGCCACCGUUCUCCACCUUAAGAAGUUCAUCGCAAAGAAGCUCAACCUCACAUCCUUCAAUGAGCUGGACAUCUUAUGCAACGAAGAAAUCUUGGGCAAGGACCAUACUUUAAAAUUUGUCGUGGUAACAAGAUGGAGAUUUAAGAAAUCGCCCCUCCUUCUGCAUUACAGACCCAAAAUGGAUUUGUUGUAGUCGGACAAAAGCGGUUGGUUGUUUUGACCCGGUGACUUUGGACUGUGCAACAUGCUAUAUAUGCAGAGACCAUCAACUCCCACACCAAACAGAAAGCCUGUCUUUUUUGAGUCAACACAGACACGAGCCAGCAAACAACAAAACCAGCACAGCCGCUGCGACACUGGUGGCUUUUACCGUCUGUUCGUCCGACAUAUGUCCUAGAUAUGUGAAAAAUUGAGAGAAAGCAUAUAUUUAUACUUUUGUAUAGAUGAGAGAAGUGGAACCAAGACUCUAUUGGUGCGCUGUUUACACAUUAAAACAACAACAACAACAAAAAAGGUCAUGAGAAGAGGUUUAAAGGUUUUUUUUUGUACCAUUGGACUCUGUUCCCACCUCAACAAUGGGCAAAAGAUGGUGCUCUUUGUCUGCCAUCCUCCGUGGAAGUGUCCUCUUACAUUGCUAACCAGGGGAGAGGAGGCGUUUCAAACUGACCGCUCUCUCUCAGGUCUUAUUCAACACUUCUCGGGAGCGCAGAACCUUUUUAAUCUUAUAUAAAGUGGUUUAUAUGAGUUCUGUAUUAACUCCGAUUUUUCUUUGCUUUUUCGGCGUUGCUACAAGUGGAAUUGUGAAUAGGCAAAUUUAUGUGUAGUAUUUAUGUAAAAUUUACCAUAUUGUAUAUAAAAGUUGUUAACAGAGAGGAAUGGAAGAUGUUAUGAAAGAGAGAAAGUGUGUGUGUUUGUGCGUGAAAGGUUAAAGGUUAGAUAACUAGAGAGUGUUUAGAGUGAUUUUCCAAAAGUGCUAUAUUUUGAGCUGCAUUUAUGUAGCUACAUGUGAAAGGCAUAUACAUACUAAAUUCAAGAUACUUUAUGGUGUGAAUCUCACAAAAACAUGUCAGUCAUGUUGCCCCCCGAAAAUUAGUAAAAAAAAGUAACUAAAUUAGAAAUGUUAUUUUGCAUUGUGACAUUAUUUUCAUGACAAUCAAGCACAUUUUCCCCAAAAUUCUAAUAACAGUUAUGCAUUCGGAUAUCUUACUGUUGUUUUGCUUUUUUCUGUUCUUUUUCUAUUCAAUAGUGGGAUUAGAAUCCAUUGGUUUCUUUUUACUGUAAUACUGUAUUUUUACUGUAUUACAGUAAAGAAUGACUGUAAUAAGAUUUUUUGUUCAUUUAAAUCAGCAUAAAGGCAGAAUAACAUUGCUGCCAUGAUGUGUAAAUACUAUUUAAAUAAAUUAUUAUUAUUAUUAUUAUUAUCACAUUACAUUAACAAGAAUGAGUUUUUUUUUUCAUUUCUGUGAAGAAAAAUGGGGAGUACUUGUCAUGAAAAUAAUGUAACAAUCAAGCAUUUUUAAUAUUCCUAAAAA